GGACUUAGUAUAAUGUAUACCCAACUUUUAGCAAGCUGUUUUUCAUCUCCGGCGGAGAAAGUAGGCUCUGUAACAUAAGUCACUGCUUUGCAAGAUAUCUUUGCGAUUUAAGCAUGGAAAUUUUCAGCUUUGUGUCCCUACUCCCUAGGCACCUGGUGCAGCGAAUGGGGCUAGGGUUAGUUGGGACAGUUAACCUAGUGUUGUCCCAGCAAGUGAGAGAGCUGCUUGAUUAUAACGCCACGUGAGUAGAGCGUUAUUAUUAUAUGGCGCCGUCUAGUGAAACCGAGAGGAAAGAUUCGUAAUGGCAGCAUUUCUAGGCGUCGAGACGGUAGAAUGGCUCACACGCCCAAGAUGUUCCGAUUAGAAAUUGGAAAUCUAACUUCUCCAAAAUUUUUUGAAGAGCUCGUUGGUCUAGAGCGGGCAACUUUCAGGAAGAAUGACUCGUGGGCAGACGGCGAACUGGAGCAAAUGGCGAAGAAGCGUAAUUGUAUAAUUGCAGCGGCCAGGCUCGAAGACAAUAAUAAGCUCUGUGGAUAUGUUUUGUGCACGAGCACUGGAUUAAAUCUCCAUGUGUCCAAGAUUGCUGUUCGGGCCGAUUGCCGGCGGCAGGGCAUUGCCCGGAGCCUCAUGCAGGCGGUUCUUCGUACGGCGGCCAACCAGCGCCGAUCUAGCUCCUCCACAUUACACGUCGCUCUUGACAACGAGCCUGCAGUUCAGUUGUACAGAUCCCUUGGCUACAAAGAGGAUGGUUUGUUGGAGGACUACUACACGCCGGGACGUCAUGCAUACAAGAUGAUCUGCGACCUGGAGCCGUACAAGGGAGCGGCGGAGGACAGCCCGCCGCCGCUUCAAGCUGCCUGCACGACCACUACUGGCCGGAAGCGAUGAGACACUGUGGCGAAGCAGGCAGCCCGCAAUUGCACAUGAGGAUCACACGCGUGUUGGGAACGAUGCAUGUCGCCAACUAUGCUUGGCUCGCCGCGCGCUGGGUCUCGUAUUUGUCUGUGUGGGCUAGCCAUGGCUGCACUGGCAUGCUGUGUACCGAAGAAAGCGGUCUGCUUGCGUUUGGGUUGAGGGUUGGUUGGCUUUGAUACACCUGCAACUACUGACGGUGGCGAUGGUGACACCGGAAGUCGGUGUGAUGUACUGACGUUUAUAAUACGUCGGUGUGAUGUAUUGACGUUUAUAAUACUUUGACGUGUUGAUGUGUCCCCGUGGCUUUCGGUUGAGGGCUUGUAUUCCCCUCGCAGCUCCUUCACAUAUCCGCAGAGCAGCCAUUACUUGGUGUGGGCUGUGGGUUUGGGCCAUCACCCUUCAAAUCUGCGUCAGCGCC